AUGUCAAUCGAUAAGGCGGAUCCUGCGCAACACCACAACAACAACAAUCAUCUCAAUGGCCUAAACGGUCACCCUCGGGACGAGACCGACUCUCUCGUUGGCUCAAGCCCUGAAGGCGAUCAUCACCCUGCGAUAACCUCUGCCAAUGCCACCCAAGAGCCUCAGCAGCCUAAGCGCAAGGGCGGCCGCAAACCUAUCUAUGCGACUUCCGAAGAGCGAAAGCAGAGGAACCGACAGGCUCAAGCUGCUUUCCGUGAACGUCGAACUGAAUACAUAAAGCAACUCGAAGAGACCAUCCGUGUUCAUGAGUCCAACCUCCAUAACCUCCAGGCGGCUCACCGCACUGCUGCCGAUGAGUGCUUGAUGCUUCGAUACAAGAAUUCGCUUCUUGAGCGUAUUCUUCUCGAGAAGGGAAUCGAUGUUCAGGCCGAGCUUCGCGCAAAGACUGGUAGCCCCAACCUGGGACCUACUCAUAUGCCUCAGAACAUAGUUCAGCCGCCCCCAAUCCAGCGUGCUAUUAUGAACCGACAUCACCAGUCUCGUCGAUCAAACUCGAAUAUCGCUCCCAAGGCUGAGCCUGUCCCGGUACUACCACCUCCGCUUCAACCACACUCGAAUGCUGCCUCACCCAAGAACCGGCCUACCCCAUCGUCUCACUCCAACUCGCCAAGCAACACCGGUUCUGCCUUCUCACCCGCCGCUUCGGAUAACAUGUCGAUGCGAGGUUCCAUGACAAGCAUGUCGCGACAGAUGCCUCAACAGCCACAUCAACCACAGCAGCAGCAACAGCAACAGCAGAUGCCCCAGAACACCCAGGCCCCUCGACCUUCACUGAUGCAGAACGGUAGCCGAGGACAGGCUGGGUCUGGAGCCUCUUACUAUCCUACACCGGCCUUCCAGAACCACAUCGAGCAGCUUGAGCAAGAAUAUGAUGCUCAAGCAGAUAUGAUUGAUGAGCCUGAAAUUGAAACCCCAGCUGGUCAUGGAGGAUACCCUUCCGGCUACAGCGGCGAGAACCAACAGCCCAUGAUGAUGUCGCCUGCCUCUAGCGGACCUGGACACCAGAUGACACCAUCCCACGAGCCCGUUCAGCAACAGCAACAGCAGCCUCAGACCAGCCACUCACAGUAUCCGUCGAUGACUCAGUUAUUGGACCAAAACGGCCUCGACUGGGAUCCCUUUGGUUUGAGUGCCAGCAUGGCGUUCCCCAACGGGCAGCAAUUUCAGUUUGAACAAGCCAACAUGAGAUGA